AUGGCACCAGCACGCCCCAGUGUCAAGUCUGCCAGAAAGGCCCCCAAAAAAGCAGCAACAAAGAAGGCCUCAAAGGUUUCUACUGCUAAGGGCAGCACCUCAAGCAAGAAGGCGUCUCGCCCUGCUUCUGCUCCAGCAGCAGCAGUGGCAGCAGCGCCGAAAGUGAAGAAGACCAUCAAGAAAAAGGCGAAGCCGGCGGCAGCAGCCAAGUCCAAAAAGGCUGUGAAAAAGCAAGCAGCGAAAAAGGCGCCAGUGAAGCAUUCUAAGAGCAGCAAGAAGGCAUGA